GUAUAUGUAUAUAUGGAAAGGUGCAUAUGUUUAAUACUAAAAAUAUUCAUAAAUUACUAAAACAAUAAAGAAAGAUGCACUGUAAGCAAAAUACACAGGUUUUAUAUGAAACCUAAAAUUUAUCGCUAUGCCUAAAGCACAUAUACUUAAAAGUAGCCCUAACUAUGGUGCCAUAUGUAUGGCCGUAUACGAGCCAUUUAAACCAUAUUAUAUCAACAUCGUACCAAACAAUUGUUUCUUUACACGCCCAUUACUUACUAAUUCGAUUUUAUUUAUAUUGUGACACGAAUAAAAUCAAAUUAGAUAUAAAAAACAUUUUUUCCGACCCGAGGAACUUACAGAAUAAGUUAUUAUUAUCAAACGAAGUAUUGAAAAACACCGCGCAGCUGCGCGUAUAGAUACAUGCCGUGCCGCGCGGUCGAAAAAACCGGUAGCUAAGUCAAUGGACGACAUUCAAAGUAUUCUUUAGCAAAAGGGCGCCGUUUACUUAAGUUAGAUCUCGUGUUUAUUUUUGUUAUCGCAAAUCGCGGUCAGUUCUCAUAGUAACUGUUAAUGCUAUCAAUAAUGUGGGUAAUUCUAAAUUGCAUUCUUCUGGGUAUACCGGCGGUUUAGUUUUGAUUUAUAACCGUUACUGUGCUGUUCUUUGUUAGUCUUAACGCCGGUGUUUGGAUUUGAACUGUUCUUUUUGAAAAAUGACUUCGAAAAACGAGAUAUCUGAGGAAUUGGCUAGUAGAAUGAACUCUGCAUUGUCAUUGAAAAUUGGUAAUGAUGACCUUGACGAAUCAACGAGUCAGUCGGAAAACGAGUCUGAUAGUGAAUGGGAGACUAUGUCGGAGAGUGAAUGGAGUAUUUCAGACAGUGAUUGGAGCAUCGGGGGCGACACAGAGAGCGGAUCGGAUACGGAAGAAGAGUUCUCGGCCUCGUCAGCCUCGUCGGCCACACCGUCGUUACUGCAAUGGAGCGACGAAAUACGAUCGGCAAAAGUAUGUCCGUUCAAAUUGAAACCGGGCCUUAAGGAAAGCUGCGGGAAAUCUCCGGUAGACUUCUUCAAAUUGUUGUUUACUAGAUCGCUAUUUGAGUUUAUAGUCAACAAUAUUAACAAUUACGCAAUGAAAAUUAUAAAUCAGAGUCAUCAAGGUAGACGAUUUAAAGAGGUGACAGUGAACGAGUUUUACGUCUUUUUCGGAUUGAUUUUGAACAUAGGAACUAUGAAUUCAAAUGUUGUUGAUGAUUAUUGGAGAACUCGCCCGCUUGUAGAAAAUCCUGAGGAUUUUAUGAGUCCAGUUAGAUUUGGGGUUAUUUUGAAGUGUUUAAACUUCGAACAUGAGCUGCCUGGGAAGAACAAUAAGAUGUCUAAAAUAUCGCAUAUGAUAGAUUACUUUAAUAUUAUCAUGAGAAAAGUCGUUAAUCCAGACAAAGUUUUAUGUAUAGUGGAAUCGAUGACGGUGCCUUGUUAUGAACACGUGUAUUUAUUGAUAGAUGAGUUCGAUUUAGUGCAUAAAUUGGUAGUCUAUCAAUCCGACGAGAAACCUGGCCCUUAUGUGGCAAAAAGUUUACUCGAAGAUAAACUAGAUGUCGGCCAUUCCAUCUACAUAUCCGACGAUUACAACUCUCUUGAAUUGACUAAGUUCCUUAUUGAUAGAAACACUUAUGUAACAGGACCGAUAAAACGUAAAAGAUUCGGAGUUCUAGAAGAAGUCAAAGAUAAACCACUAGAAAAUCUCGAGAAGAUAGUUAAAUACAACGCCGAUGGUAUUUGCGUUACUAAAUGGAAAGAUCGUCGUGAGAUCAUAAUGAUAUCUUCCGAGUACAGCGGGGAGUGGUUAACGUAUAAAGUUAAUAAACAAAAAAUUAAGAAACCUAUAUGUGUAUUGGAGUAUAACAAAUAUAGGGAUAGCUUCGAAAAGUGUAAUGAAAUAAUGGGGCUGUAUUAUUUCUCGUGCGGCGAGAAGACACACACAACGAACAAAUAUAAGAGAUUGGGCGUGCAUAUAUUGCAGAUAUUGGUGCUGAACGCUUAUAUCUUGUACAAAAAGUAUGGAGGGGAAUCUAUGUCGUUGAUAGACUUUAGAACGGUUGUUGUGAAGCAUCUGCUUUCGCAUGGCAAGCGUCGGAUUUGAUUUGUAAUACAUAUUUAACUAUAGUAAAGAAAAUUUGUUACUUGUUUUUUAUGAAUAGCCGGGUCCACACAGAGCGAGCAUACCCGUGAGGCAAUUUCCUCACGCACAAACCGGCCAGUGUAAAUGUGCCACG